AUGGAGAGCUCAUCCACAGCCAGCCAACAUGUCCUACAGAACCGUCAUGGGGAAAAAAAGGAAGUGAAUGACAAACAGGAAGGGGAACUACGGCUGGAGCAGGGGACAACAGACGGGGACCAGAAAGUGAUGGCAGGAGAGGCUUUGGACAGGAGGAACAUCUGGGAGCCGAGUGUCUAUUACGCGCUGGGGAAUGAGACUUUUUACAUUGCUGGUCAUGACAUCAGCAUCCGCGAGUCUAUGGAUACUUUUGGUGCUCUGAUCUGGCCCGGGGCAAUAGCUUUGAGCCAGUUUUUGGAGAAUAACCAGACACAAAUGAACCUGAUGGACAAAGCGGUGCUGGAGAUUGGAGCUGGGACUGGCUUGCUCUCAAUAGUGGCCAGUCUGCUUGGUGCUUGGGUCACAGCUACUGACCUGCCAGAUAUCUUGUCCAAUCUGACCUUUAACCUUCUGCGUAACACAAAGGGCCGGUCCCGCUACACCCCUCAGGUGGCUGCCCUAACCUGGGGUCAGGACAUGGGGCGAGACUUUCCCUACCCAUCCUUCCACUACGACUACGUGCUCGCAGCCGAUGUGGUCUAUCCCCACGGCUGCCUCGAAGAACUGCUGGAAACCAUGCGUCACUUUUGCCGACCAGGAAGUCAAACAACGCUGCUGUGGGCCAACAAGAUCCGGUUCCAGUCAGACUUGGGGUUCACAGAGUGUUUUAAGAGCAGUUUCAACACCACACUGGUCCUUGAGCUCCCAGAGCAGGAGGUGAGGAUAUACAAGGCCACAGCGAAGGAGUGA